UAAAAGUGAAACUGGAAAUCAAUUAAAAUUUUUUAAUUAUAUACUGAAUACAUCAAAAUCACAUUUAAACAAUUUGUAUCACAAAUUAUAUAUCAUUAGAAACUUCAUCAGAAAUCUCUUACAACAAAAAAGUAUACAAUAUCUUAUCUUGUAUAUUGAGGCAUAUUUGAUUUAUGUUGACAUAUAAAUCCAAUUUAUAUAUAUGUUAUAAUAUUUAAUAAUAAAAUAUAAGCAUUAAUAAUACUGAAAAACAUAUUAAAUCUGUUCCUUUUAGCUACAAUUUUUUGUCAAAUCAAGUUAUAUUUGACGAGCUUGAAUUUAAAUAAUGGGAAUAUAAGAUAUUAGUCAAUUUAAAAAAAGAUGAAAAAAUGCAGAUAAAAAGAACAGAUUAAUAGUUUGUUAGAUGUGCAACAUAUUAUUCACAAAGAAUUAUACAAAAAUGUGAUACAGAAUAUCUUAAAAACUACAAAACACGCAUACAAUUGGCUUGGUACCAUAAGUAUACAUACAUGCGCGCGCGCGCAUAAUCUCACACUUAUAAAUGUAGGAAUACAUUUUAGUUUCUCACUGAUUUAUAUAAAGUAGUUAACUGUGUCUCAACAAAUUACUAAACGUUUCGAGAGACUCAAUUUUUUCACUCUUUUUUAACUUUUUUUUGUAUUAAAUUAUUUGCACUGUAAUUUGUAGUUUGUAAGAAUAUAUUGCAAGAACAAUAUUUUUUUUCUAAUUCAAAUUUAAAAGAAACUAUAAAAAUAUUAACACUUUAAUCGAUAAAAAACAAAAUUUAUCAAAUUAUAUAAUUUAUAAACUUUAUAAAAGUAAAACUUAUUAAUUUAUAAUAUCCUACGGAAUUUUUUUGCUGUGCUUUUGCUUGUUCUUUUACUCUUUGUUUAUUUUUUUUAAAUAUUGUUUAGGGUAUUACAAUUUGUGAUGUUUCAAAGUAGUUAAUUAGUGAGUUUAUUCUUACUAUUGUGCAUUUCCAAACUGAUUCAUUAAAAUAUUAAUAUUUUACUAGGUUUUUUGAAACUUAAAUUAACAAAAAACAUUGUUCUUGCAAUAUAUUUUUACAAACUACAAAUUACAGUACAAAUAAUUUAAUACAAAAAAAGUUAGUGGAAAAGAGUGGAAGAAAUGAGGCUCUCGAAACGUUUAGUAGUUUGUUGAGAUAUAGUAAACUACUUCAUAUAAAUCAGCGAGAAACUGUACAAAAAUAUUUGCACUGCAAUACAGAAAAAAAUCAAAGUUUAUUGCUUUAAAGAGUUUUUACUCUUUUUUAUUCUUUUUCUCGAAAAGAAAUAUGAAUCUUAACUCUUUCUCAAAAAAUAAAAUGAAAUCUUUCUCUCAUCAGCACUUUACACAAAAUCUCUUUAUUCUAGCGUAUGUAAAACCAUCACAGAUGUUUCCGUUAUUAAUCAUUUUAUGAUAAUGAGUAUUAACAUGAAAUAGUUCAAAUAUUAUAAGUUUAUCUCUUUAUGGUUUAUUGUGCAAUUAUUUCUUUUAUUCAAUGGUUUACUUUUAAAUAUGUAUUAAAUAGAGAACAAAUGUUUUUAUAAUUGAUAUUAUCAACAUUUUCUGUUUUAAAAUUAUUAAACAUUUUUAUAAUUUUGAAACAAAAUGUUAAUAGUAUCAGUAAUAAUGUUUAGGUUUAUAUAAAUAAUAAAUCAGUAAAUUUUUUUAAUGCAUGUAAUUUGUACUUUAAUUUUAGAAAACGUUAUAAAAACAUUUUUUCUCGAUUUAAUACAUAUUUUUAAAAAACCAUUGAAAAAAAUAAUUGCACAAUAAACCAUAAAAAGAUCAACUUAUAAUUAUAAUAAUUGCUUUAUUUAAGAAAAAUUUGUAAAUCUAGUAUCGAGUAUCUAAAUUUCCUGUCUUAAGUGUAUGACAAUUUACAUGUACAAGUCGCACAAAAUUCUAGUACAAAGCUUCAAAAUGAAUCUACUUCAAAUAACAUGCCACUAGAGUGCUAUCUAUAUGUUCCAAUCGUACAUAAUUUUAGUACGGAGCUACAAAAUGAAUCUACUUCAAACAACAUGUUACCAGAGUGCUAUUUACAUGUUCCAAUCGUACAUAAUUCUAGUAUGGAGAUACAAAAUAACUCUACCUCGAAUGACGUGAUAUCAGAAUGCAAUUUACAUAUACAAGUCAUACAAAAUUCUAGUACGGAGAUACAAAAUGACCCUACCUCAACAUAGGUGCUAUCAGAGUGCAAUGUUCAUGUGCCAGUUGUACAAAAUGCUAGUAAGGAGCUACCAAAUGACUCUAUUUUAAACGACAUGUUAUCAGAGUGUAAUAUACAUGUACCAGUUAUAUAAAAUGCUAGUACGGAGCUACAAAACGACUCUACCUCAAACGACAUGCUAUCAGAGUGCAAUAUUUAUGUGCCAGUUUUACAAAACGCUAGUUUGGAUCUAGAAAACGAAUUUACCUCAAAUGGCAUGUUGUCAGAGUGCUCUUUAAAUGUGUCAACCAUACGAAAUGUUAGUACAGAGUUAGAAAAUGAAUCUGCCUCAAACAACAUGUGCAAUCUAUAUGUGCCAGUUAUACAGAACGUUAAUACAGAGCUACAAAAUGAAUCUGUCUCAAACGACAUGCUAUCAGAAUGUAAUCUACGUCAGGAUAUAUUAAAUCCAUCAGAAACAUCUAUUGAUAAUUUUACAUUAAAUACUAAUUUUGAUCAAACAGUAACUAUUUUAUUUGAUGAAUUGAAUAAUUUAGGGAUAUCUCCGAAUAAUAUGUUAAACUAUUCUAAUGAAGAUGAAAAUAAUGUAUCUAAGAAUCUCAAUCAAUCCUGCAAUGUGGAUAAUUCUAUGGAAAUUGAAAAUAACAGAAAUGAAGCAAAUCAUGAAAAAGCGAUGAAUGAUAUUGAUGUGGCAAAAUUAAUAAAAGAAUCUAAUAACAAUUUAAAACAGGUUAAUGACAUAUCGAACUUAAAUAAUUCUGAUUGUAGUCUCUGUAGAAUCAAGAAAAAAAGCUGCAUAUGAUUGCAUAUGUUGUGCUGGCUGUAAAGGCUUUUUUAUUAAUUUUUUUAAUGGCUUUUAAAAAUCGCCCUAAUAAUAAUAUACGUCAUCAUUUUAAACAGUGUACAAAGAAAAUUGUUGGCAGAACUGUGAAAGUACUGGGAAGAAAAGUUCAAGGAAGAAUUCAUGAAAAUGCGAACUCUAUUUUAAGAAACGUUGUAUUUCCGAUAUUAAGAGAAGAUGACAUUAUCAGAUUGAUAAGAUACGAUGAAUUGUUGAUUACUUACGGUAACAAGUUGUGUAUAAAGUAUAAACAUCAACACCAACAAGAUAUGAUUAGAGCUCGUUUGCGAUUAUUAGGGCGAUUUUUAAAAGCCAUCAAAAAAAUUAAUAAAAAUGUCACAGAUUUUUUUAGUAUUUAUCAUCCAUCAAUAUAUGAUGACUGUAUUACAGCUGUGAAUCAAGUAGCAGGUUAUAACACAAGUACAAAAGUUUAUGCAGCUCCUUCCGUUGCAUCAAGAAUUGGCACUCUUAUAAAACAAAUAGGAAAUCUUACUAUUGCUGAAUGCAUAAAACAGAAUAAAUUUCAAAAAAAAGUAGACAUAGAAAACUUUUUAAAGUUGCUACAAGAAGAUUUUGGCGUAUCUGUCAAUAAAACUGUUGAAGAAAGCAUAUUACAAGCUAAGCGCUAUCAAUUACAAGAAUUACCUCCGUUAGAAGAUAUAAAAUUAUUGCACAAUUUUUUACAAACUAAUAGGCGUUUGGCAUUUCAACGUCUCAGUGACACAUUUACUUAUGAUAACUGGCGGCAACUGGCACAAUUUACUCUAAUUUCGGUUCAAGUAUUUAAUAGACGAAGAGCCGGAGAAAUUGAACGCAUUUUUAUCGAUGAUUAUAAGCACCAAGAAGGUAUAAAUGAACAAACAAAUCCAGAUUUAUACGAAUCUUUAUCACCUGAAGCUCAAAAAAUAGCUAUGAAAUAUGUAAGAUUUGUUAUUAGAGGAAAAUUAGGAAGACCUGUACCUGUUCUUUUGGAUUCCGAAAUGAAAAGUUGUAUAGAUUUGCUCUUACAUUACCGUAAAGAAGCAAAAAUACCUGACGCAAACCUAUACAUCUUCGCUUUACCAGGUUACGAUAAAAAGAGGUUUAGAUAUAUAAGAGCUUGUGAUUUAUUACGCACAUAUUCUGUAGCGUGUGGAGCAAGUAUGCCUCUUAGAUUAAGAGGUACAAAGCUUCGUAAGCAUAUUGCAACAAGAUGCAUUACACUGAAAUAUGUAAGAUAUCAUAGCUAUCUGAAAUUAACAAUUACAUAUUUAUUUUGUGGAGCAAGUAUGCCUCUUAGAUUAAGAGAUACAAAGCUUCGUAAGCAUAUCGCAACAAGAUGCAUUACAUUAAAUCUAUCAGAUCCUGAUGUGACAGUAUUAGCAAAUUAUCUAGGUCAUAACAAAAACAUCCACAUGCAACAUUAUCGUCAAUCUCUUCCACAAUCAAAUUUUUACAAGCUAUCAAAAUAAUUAAUAAAAAUACCACAGAUUUUUAUAGUAUAUAUUUAUCAUCCAUCAAUAUAUGAUGACUGUUUUGUGUCAAAUUUGACUUACUUUAUAUGCCAAACCUUAUGUAUUUAUUGCAGAAGUAUUUUAAGCAAUGUUCAAUGUUGAAAUAGUUAAAAUGUCUUGGUUACUUAAAAUAGCACAAGAUAAAGAUAAUGAUUUUCAACAAAAUAAUGAAGAAAAUAACUCGCAAAUUAACAAUGAUAAUUUGACUACAAAUGAAAUACACAUAAAAACAUAAUUUUAGUUUUUCUUACAUUACAACGCAAAUAUUUUUGUAUAUAUAAUUUAAAAAAUUUACUGUAUUUAGAAAAACGCCUUAAAAAAUAUAUUUUUAGCAGAUUUAGAUUUUCUUGAUGUUUGGUUGUAAAUAAUAAAAAUAACUUGCUGCAAUAAAUACGUAAGAUUUAGCAUAUAAAGUAAGUCAAAUUUAACACAAGACAGUCAUCAUAUAUUGAUGGAUGAUAAAUACUAUAAAAACCUGUGACAUUAUUAAUUUUUCAAUGGCUUGUAAAAAUUGCCUUAAUAAUCGUAAACUCGUACAUUGUUCUUAGUAAAAAAGCCCUUACAUCCAGCACAACAUAUGAAAUCAUGUGCAGCUUUUUUUCUUGAUUCUGUUGGUCUUCUACAAACUAUGAGUCCUUCCUUAUUAUACAUGGGAUAUUUAUUAUAUAAACAAUUGCCUCUUCGCCUUAGUCCGAUAAUCUUAUGUCUUUCUUUGUUAC